AUGCUUCUACAGAUGCAACACAUGAAACAAAUGAUUAUGGAAAAUGACUCUUCAGUGUCAGAGUUCAUACUUAUGGGACUGACAUACCAGCCUGAGCUCUGGUGGCCCUUAUUUGUUCUGUUCUUGGUGAACUAUACAGCCACUGUGAUGGGAAACCUGAGCUUAAUGACUCUCAUCUGUCUGAAUUCUCAUCUGCACACACCAAUGUACUUUUUUAUUCUCAACUUGUCCUUCAUUGACUUCUGUUAUUCAUUUGUUUUUACCCCAAAAAUGCUGAUGGGAUUUGUCUCAGAACACAACACCAUCUCCUUCACAGGAUGCAUGACUCAGCUAUUUUUUUUCUGUCUUUUUGUUAACUCUGAGUGCUAUGUGCUGACAGCCAUGGCCUAUGAUAGAUAUGUGGCCAUCUGUAGGCCUCUGCUGUACACAGUAGUUAUGUCUCCCAGGGCUUGUUCCCUGUUAAUGCUUGCUGCACACUUGAUGGGUGUCUCUUCUGCUGUUGUACACACAGGAUGUAUAAUUCAGCUCAGGUUUUGUGGUUCAAAAGUAAUCAACCACUACAUGUGUGAUACUUUCCCCCUCCUUGAGCUCUCCUGUGGUAGCAGUCAUGUCAACGAGCUUGUAAGUUCUGUUUCUGUGGCUGUCGUUGUUGUUAUAUCUAGCCUAAUUAUUGUAUCCUCAUAUGCUUUGAUUCUUGUCAAUGUUAUCCAUUUGUCAUCAUCUAAGGGUUGGUCCAAAGCUGUGAGCACAUGUAGCUCUCAUAUAAUAACUGUUGCCCUGUUCUAUGGAUUUGGUUUGCUUGCUCAUAUCAAGCCAUCAUCUGCAGAAUCUGUAGUUCAGAGGAAAUUUUUUUCAGUAGUUUAUACUUUUGUGCUGCCUUUGUUGAAUCCGCUCAUUUACAGCCUCAGGAACAAGGAUGUCAAACUUGCUUUGAAGAGAACACUAAAGACAGUUACAAUCCAAGGGAAGUGCUUAUGUUGUAGCCAUAAAUCUUGA